UUCCAUAACCUUCAGGAGUUGAGGCACAGUGCAUCGCUGGUAACAAAGGUGUUUAUACAGAGAGACUACAGCGAAGGUACUGUCUGCCGCUUCCAGUCCAAGUUCCCCUCAGAGCUUGACAACAGGAUUGAGCGAACCUUGCUUGAGGAGACGGUGAAGACCCUGAACUCUUACUAUGUGGAGGCAGAAAAAAUUGGAGGUCAGUCGUAUCUGGAGGGAUGUCUGGCUUGUGCAACAGCUUAUAUCAUCUUCCUCUGCAUGGAGACACGCUAUGAGAAGGUGCUGAAGAAGAUAUCAGGCUACAUCCAGGAGCAGAAUGAGAAGGUCUACGCUCCCAGAGGUCUGCUGCUCACAGACCCCAUAGAGAGAGGAAUGCGGGUUCUAGAGAUCAGCGUGUUUGAAGACCGGGGCUCGGGCAGCUCCAGUCCCAGCAGCAGCAUGUCAUCGGCAGGCAGCAGCGCUCGGUGACUGGAGGGGCAGCGCCAGGCUUACGGGUACCACCACAGGGGCAGCGGGACGCUUACCAACAUCCGCAUGCUGAAACAUGAGAGCACCAGGUUCUAAGACAACUGGAGAGAAAAAGGCGAGGAGGUGAUCCACAGCAUUCACACAUCUCCCUGUUUGGGUCUACGAUCUACCACCUCGAGAAUAAGAGCUGGCUCACAUAAACACACUGAAUACGCAACAGAAUAAACACAAGUGCAACAGAACCCACACAAAGGCAGUAGACAGAUGGAAAAGCCAACAUCCAGAGUGUCUGUGAGGGAAUAUCAUUCACUCUCCAACAGCUAUCCAAACCAAAAUAAUCAUAAUUUCUUUUGUUCCAAUUUUUCCAUUCACAUUUUCUCUCAUUCCAUCACGUCUGUUUCCAUGAGUCACACCAUCUCUGUCGUAUAGCUGAUUCACUAGGCUUAUCCCUUGAUUAGACUGGACGUCAAUGCUUGAUUGUUUUCAGGGGGUUCAGUGUCACUGUGUCGAUCUGCUGACACAUUGGCAGUGCAGUCUUAGGUCUGUGCAGCAGCCCUGAAAUCUGGAAGGAGAAAAACUACCAGCCUCCUGGGACACCCAAUGUUCUCCGUUCUUGCUCAAUGAUUGCAUUCAUGUCAGGUGGGUUGGGGUCAAGCUGCUUUGAAUGCUGGCAAAUUGGGCCUGCUGUGGGACUGCUUGGUUCUAUGCUCUGUUCACAUGCAUUUGGCUUUAGUAUCAAACAGCUAACAGAGAGCACCUUGGAUUAUUUAUCCUUCUCAUUCACAACAGUGGAUACUGGUGAUCCACAUCACAGCUGUAGGUCACCACACUCCUACGCAUACACACACACAAACACACACACACACACUCUCUCUCUUUCACACACGCAUUACAACCAUGCCCAAGUCAUCAUACAGACACAUACUAGCAAGAGACAUACACGCACUUAUGGCUAGUGGCCAUGCGUUCCUGCACUCACACAGAUUCUGGCGGACGUGGAGUUGUGGAGUCAACCUAGCCAGGCAAUAUUCUCUGUGGUGUCAGCUCAGUGGGAACGCAAGCAAACCCAGGCGCUGUAAGACCAUGCUAGUCUCACUGAUAGUGUCCACAUGUGUCUGGUGUGUUGUGGGUGUGUAUGCGCCAUCAGUCCCAGCCUUACUUAGUGUGAGAUGAAAGCUUGCUGAUCAUUAAGGAGACGUCAAAGAACAAGUUUCUGUGCCCUUAUAGGAGAAUCGAACACACACUGACUGAUUCUGAGAAAACUGAGACAGUGUGGGUUGCAGCUGUUUGAUGUGUGUGCCAGUAUGGGUGUUGGUUACAAGUGUGUUUAGGAGACCCAAAUCCCUUUCAUUCUGUCUGCAGAUUAUUUUUAAUUAAGCAAAAUCAAAUCAGCAAUGAUCAAAAAGUAGGCAUCUACAUUGUAUUGUACCUGACAUACACACAACAUUAAGAAAUAUAGAGAGAUGUUGAUGCAGAUACAAUUUCUCUCUCUUAUCAUUGAAGUCUUCAGUUCAUUAGUGCUAUCUGUCCUUUGUAUUAUCCUUUAGAAUUUCGUUUAUGUCAUUUUGUCAGUGAAACACAGUUGUAGCUCCCUCUAGGGUCAGACAGAGGAAGUUCUGAACUUCUGAAAGAAAAGUCACUAAAAAGAUAGUAUGACAUUCAUCAAGCUAUUACUCAACAGUACUGCACUGCUCUGCAGGUACCUUUCUCAUCUUCAGUACACACAAGACAAUGCAGCCUGAGGAGCAUAAAUUCUGUCUCUCGUUAUGGAAAAUGGUGCAUCCUGUCUGACUAACGUGUGUAUGUGUGGAGGCUGAUGAUACAAAAGAUGAUCAUUAUGUAGCAAAGAUGUUGAUGCCAGUAGACAGCAUACCCACGCAAUGUCUAACAAAAGACAAGACCUCCUGAAAAAGCCCUGUUUCAGUGUCUGCAUAUUUUUUUCUGUUGCCACAGUUUUGGUCUUCUUUCUUUUGCCAUUUUCAGUUUUGUUUUCUUUAAACUCGCCUCAUAACAUGAUCCCUUAAUUAACUCUGGGAGUGUAGCCCUUUGCCUCUUCUUUAGCUACAUACAGUUAGCUGUGAGCAAAACCCUCAGCAGAGCCCCUGCUUUACCACCAGCCUUGUGUACUUAAACCAGAGCAGUGUCCCUUUGAAGUUAAACUACUCACUGGAACGUUAUUGCAGAAUUGAAGAUGUUUUGCUGCAGUCCAGUGGAUAGUUUAAUUUCAACUCGAUAUUCGAAUACCUGGAUUAAUGAGACCUACAAAGAUAUUUUACCAUAGCAGUUGAGUUCAGUUGUGCUUGUGUUCAACCUCCUGUGCUUUUUGAUGCCUUCAUGUUUCAUCCCAGUGGAAUGGAUACCCAACCUGGGGCUGAUGGACUGACCAAUUAAAAAAAAAGACUCAACACUGCCAAUAAGCAAAUAAAGGAGCUCAUUGGACAAUGUAUAAAGCAAAAAAAAUGAGUGUGUAUGAACUAUACAGAAGAAGAACUGUACAUGCUUGUCAAUGAUUAUUCAUGCUGAGUUUGUUUAGUGUAAAGAUGUGGAUGGAAAUGCCAUAAUGCUAUUUAAUUCCAAAACUUCACUGAUGCCCAGUAUUAUUCCCUAAAUACAUUUUUAAUGUUUUGAUAUCUCCAAUUUGGGCAUCAAGUGAUAGAGCAGCUAUGAAAGCAUAUCGUCUGUACAGCUGUGAGCUGCACAGCAGCUUCUGUAGUAUCUUCUGUAAAAUGAAGAUAAUGUUAUUGUUUUUUUCAAAAUAGUAUUUAAAGUGUUAAUAAUGUAGCUUUUGAUAUUGUUAAUAACAAUAACAAUGUCCAUUAUUAUAUUGAGAUAACUAGAAGGGUGAUGAUGAUCCUCAGGGGAAAGUGUAAAAUGUGCCAAAUUUCAAAGGUAAAGGAUAGGUUCAUGUUUAUCCAUGCUAGCAGCUUUAGGGAUGACAAUGUAAUGUUGGUGGUUGGUCCACCACUUUCCAGACUGAAAUAUCUUAACAACUGUUGGAUGGAUUGACAUGAAACUUGCUUCAGAUGUCCAUGGUGCCCAAUGGAUGAAUACUAGACCUUUUCUCUAGUGCCACCAUGAGGUUGAGAUUUGUGGUUUUGAAUAAAAUGUCUCAGCAAACAUUGGAUGCCAUGGAAUUUGGUCCAAACAUUCAUGUUGUCUCGGGAUGAACUGAAAUAACUUUGGUAACCCUAAACUUUUCAUAAAAAUUUCAAUUUGUCCAAUAGUUAGGUUUAUGACCUUAAAAACUAACAUUGCCAUCAUCCUUAGCUGUACUUUGGGUUGACUGCUGAAAUAGCGUAUUGUCAUUGCAAGUGUGUUAGCAUGCUAACAUUAGCGUCUAACUCAAAGUACCACUGUGCCUAAGUACAGCCUCUCAGAGCCGCUAGCAUGACUGUAGACUCUUAGUCUUGUUUUAAGUACAUCUUAAAACAAUGCCCCCAUGCCAAAAAAUCUGAACCUAUCCUUUAAGACUAAGGUGAAAAAGAAGCACUGUGUGCCAUAUUAUAAGGCGUAAUGUAGCUUGUUCUUUCUUUCCUUGAAGGAACGACUUCUUUGAUUAAUGAAGACAACCAAGGUGUGAAGAAUAUGGUAUUAAAUGUAUUCUUGUAAAAAGAUGUGCAUCGAGAUAUAAGUAUAUUAUCACGGAGCAAAUUAAACGUUGGGUCCUUGAACCUCUAUCAUGCUGACUAUCAAGAUAACCUCUGUGCCAACACAUGUCUUUGGAAGAGACUUGGAGAUAUGAAACUUGUGGACCAAGUGAUGAUGUAUAGUCCAUUUCAGUAUGUAAAUUUUCACAUGUCAAAUAUUUAUCCUGUACUGUAUUUGAAAGUGCAGCAAGUCUGUUCAGACACGUGGAGUCAACAGUAAGUCCAGAUACUGUAUGUAUGUUAUGCUGUUACAAGUGAGAGGUUAUUCAUAGUGCAAUAUGAUGUCUUCCUAAAAAUGUAAAAGUUGACGUGUAGAGUAUUGGUACCGGCUUCUUUGAGUUGCUUUGAUUUUUGAGCCGUUCUGCCUCGGGGAGACAAAAAGUGCAUUGAUGUUUAAUGCUGCAUGAUGUUUGUGUAAACAAAGCGAGUUCCAGAUGACAGGAACUGAAAUCCCUGAUCAACAAAGUCCCUCAGUUGUGCUGCUACGAGAGAGGAAUUUAUAUCUUAUCUUGGUGUUAUCUAUGUGUUUACAUCAGAUUAUUUACAUAUUUAUUGAAAUGGAUUCAUGUUUUUUUUUCUCAAAGCUGAUUAUUAUUCAGAGCCUGGGGAGAAGAGUUUCAAGUGUCUCCAAAAGAUGAAUAAAGUGUUUGAUGAA